AUGUUUCGUCCGCGGCAAUGUAUCCUCAGCCGUUUGUUUAGUGCUAAGCAACUGGCUAUUGAUGCUUUGGCCCAGACAAUUGAUUCUUCAGCACUUCAACGAAUCGAAAUAUUUAUGUGUCCAAAGCUACGCCCGGAUGAAUCACUCUUGCAUACCUCAUUAAAAACUUUGGUGAUGGCGUGGUCUGAAGUCACAGACGAUUCAUUCAUAAUGGAAGUCGCUCACCGCUGUCCAAACCUUGAAGUUCUUGAUCUCCGAGCAUGUGAACAAGUCUCAGACUUUGGAGUUUACGCCAUUGCCAUGUCAUGCCGAAACUUGGUGAGCGUCAACUUGGGCCGCAAGAACAAGGGCCAUUUAGUCACGGGCCAUUCUCUUACACCGCUCUUUGCCAGGAACAGGCGUCUCAAAACUGUCGGUCUUGCAGGAUGUUAUGUUUCAGACCAUUCCCUUUGGGUUUUGGCAAUACAUGCGGGAAGCUCUAUUGAGCAACUAUCGCUUAAUGGAUGUCCACGCAUCACCAAUCGUCUGCUUCCCAUCAUAUUACAUCACAAUUUCCUUCCCAAAUUGUCUGUACUCGAAAUCUGCUUUCUUACUGAAAUCACAAACAUGUCUCCUAUAGUCACACUCAAGCGUCGCCAACAUGCGCAAGGCGCUUUUCUUUUAGUGAAAGCCUGUCCAGUGCUCCAGGCCCGUAUACGGGAAACUGAGCUCAGUAUGGAUAACGUGGUGUAUAAACGUAUCUACCAGGACUUAUUUGAGUGGGCCAAUGCAAACGAUGAGGAGGAAGAGGAUGGUUAUAUGCGACUUUUGUACCAGCGACGCAGACAGUUGCAAAUGCUAUUUAGCCAGCUGUGA